GGUUCCUUUCCCGUUCGUUCGCAAUCCCCUUUUAUCCAAAACCCAAAUUUCCCGAUAACCAUUUCUUCUUCCUUCCCUCCUCCCAACCCAAGCUCGCGCGAUCCGCAACAAUGGCGGCAACGACGCUGACACUAUCCUCCUCCUCCUCCUCCUCCUCCGCCGUCUCUUCCAUUUCUCUCCACAACCCAACUCCCCGUUUCUUCCUCCUCAACAAACCCGCCAACAGUAAGCUCUUUCUCUCCUCCCUCUCCCGCCUGUCCCUCUCCUCCAACGGCACGACGACGACGAUUACCGCUCCUCGCUCCAAUCCGGGCGAAAUCGACACUUCAUUCUUCGACGACGAAUUCGCAUCCGAGGAGGAAAUUGUCUUCGAUCCUCCUACCCCGCCGGAAGGGUUCAUCGCCCCGCCGUACUUCGACGAGGGCCCGCCGGAGACCGAGGAUGAAAUCGCCGCCGCCUACGAGGAGCUCUACGGGCCGGCGUACAGCGGGGAGAGCUAUCUGGGCAAGGACAUCUACGUGAUGGAUUCGAAGGCGAGGAAGAUGACGGCGUUUGGGAAGGUGAAGAAGGAUAAGAUCAGAGACGGGUUCGAGGAGCGAGUGAUUCAGGUGCGGAGGGUGACGAAAGUGGUGAAAGGAGGGAAGCAAUUGCACUUCAGGGCGAUUGUGGUGGUUGGGGAUAAGCAAGGGCAGGUCGGGGUUGGGGUUGGGAAGGCUAAGGAAGUGAUCGGCGCUGUGCAGAAAUCCGCCAUUAAUGCCAGGAGGAACAUCAUCACUGUGCCUUUGACCAAAUACUCCACUUUCCCUCACAGAUCCGAUGGGAAAUACGGAGCAGCAAAUGUGAUGCUAAGGCCGGCCUCCCCCGGUACAGGAGUGAUUGCCGGAGGUGCAGUGAGAAUCGUGCUCGAAAUGGCCGGUGUGGAGAAUGCAUUGGGAAAGCAGCUCGGAAGUAACAAUGCCCUCAACAAUGCUAGAGCAACAGUCGUUGCAGUGCAGAAAAUGAGACAGUUCAGGGACGUUGCUCGUGAGCGUGGCAUUCCAAUGGAGGAACUGUGGAAAUGAAGAAGAGACUGUAAUCUCCAUUUUGUAUCAUCUCUGAUUUUGUGCAGAGGGAGAAUUGGUCUGUACCCUGGCAGCUGAACAAAGUGUACUAUAAAAAGCACCAAAUUCAUUCCCUUCUCUUGAUCCUGAGUAAAAUAAAAAUUGAUGGUAUGGUACUCCUGUGUACCAUGUCGCGGAUCUGUUCAUAGUGCCUGCAGGAUCACAGGCGAUGACGACGAGUCCACAACGAUGGCAUGGAGGCAAUAAUUCCAACUAUCUGCAAACUGUUAACAGCAGAGAUUGUUCGGAUGUAACCCCAGUUUAGGGAACACCAGCAGAAAAAUGUUCAACAAGAAUCCAGGAAUGUGCAGAACA